AUGUGUUGAAAAUUCACCUGUCGAUGCAUAGAAUCAGACGGUCUCCGACACCUUUGAGAGCUAAUGGUACAAAAAGAAAAGCUUGUAGAAACCAAAUGUGACCUCACUGUGGAGACAAAUCAGUUUCCUUUCCGUUACAGUAACAUUUAUGUUAGAAAAUAUCACAUUUGAGAAGAUUUAAAGCUUAAAAUGCAGCGAAGAAAACACAAGUAUGGCAAUUUUUGUGGCAGCAGCGGAGCGGCGGAUUGAGUUGUCUCUUCACGGUUCUCACGUCUGUUAUAAGUCCCGCCUCCUGGCGCACGCUGGGAACGUGGCACAACAAGUGAGAAAUAUGGCAGAAGUAGCUCCAUCAGCUGUUGUAAUCCCGGCGGAUGUCCCGCAGAAGCCUCCUCCCAAGUCCAAGAAGGGAGCCAGCAUCUACAAACUCAUCGUGGCCAUUGUGGCCGAGUCCAAGGAGCGCAAGGGAAUGUCUCUGACGGCGCUGAAGAAGGCGCUGGCAGUGAAAGGCGUAAAUGUGGCCAAGGGCAACAAGCGCAUCAACAACGCCGUUACGAAGCUGGUCACAGGAGGAACCCUGAGCCGAACCAAGGGGACCGGAGCAUGCGGCUCCUUCAAGAUCGCUAAGCCUAAGAGGGAGCCGAAAGUCGCCGAUCCAAAGAAGGCGGUGAAGAAGAAGGCUCCCGCCAAGGCAAAGCGACCGGCCGGCAAGAAGGCCAGCGCUCCCAAAAAACCCGCCAGCAAGCGAGCAGCGGCCAAGAGGUCCCCGAAGAAGUCACCGGCAAAGAAAGUAGUUAGAAAGGUAAAGAAGAGCCCUAAGAAAACUGUCGCUAGGAGGCCGAAAACUGUGAAGAGGCCGAAGGCUGCAAAGAAACCAAAGCCUGCUAGGAGACCUGCAGCUAGAAGACCGGUAGCCAAGAAAAGGCCGGUAAAAAGACGCCCAGCUACGAAGGCUAAGAGGUACUAGCUAGUAAACACCGCUUCACCCACUGCGCAAAGCACCAAAGGCUCUUUUAAGAGCCACCACUCCUUCCACUAAAG